AUGGCCUGCUUCUCCAUGUGGCAGGGGAGAGGGCUGCAGCCGGAUGGAACCACGGCAAGGUGGAGGAAGAAGGCGAGGCCUGCUCCUAGGGGGGGACUGUCCGAGGGCCAUAUCCCUGCCCACCUGCUCACACCCCCGGCGUGCUACGGGGAGGAGACUCCCAGGGUAAACCAAGAUGGAUGCCUACAAGUAUAUCCAGGAACUGUGAAGAAAGAAGUAGUCCGAUGUCACCCGCUUUCUGCUGAGGGUCUGCUGCUGGCAGUACUGCCAGCUUUCCAUGCUGCACAGGGCUUCUUGCACACGGCCAAGCAAGAUUUGGCAAAUGUCCACAUUUAUAAUAUGCUUAUAUUCCCUAUAGCUACUAUACAUUUGAUCACUUCCAACAUAAAAUAUUGGGAUAUCGCCCGAAUUCCUGCCACAAGGAUAGCCACAGAGAAGACAGGUUAUAAAUCAAGGACUUUCCUGGUCUGUAUAAAACAUUACUUCAAACUCCUGGAAUUUUCACACCUGAAAUCCCUCCUCAGAAACGCUCGGGCCGUUCCCUUCCGCGGAGAACCCUCCUCCUCCACGCGCCUCGCUCGCCCCGGCGCCCCCGCUAGCGUCACCAGCCGCGAGGGGGCAGUGGCAGCCGCGGACCAGGGCAGCGACGACGACUGGGACGACGAGUGGGACGACAGCUCCACGGUGGCCGACGAGCCGGGCGCGCUGGGCAGCGGCGCCUAUCCGGACCUCGACGGCUCGUCCUCGGCCGGCGGCGGCGCUGCGGGCCGCUACCGCCUGUCCACGCGCUCCGACCUGGCGCUGGGCUCCCGCGGCGGCGCGGCGCCCCCGCAGCCCCCGCCGUCGGGCGCCAAGAGCUCGGCCACCGUGAGCCGCAACCUCAACCGCUUCUCCACCUUCGUGAAGUCGGGUGGGGAGGCCUUCGUGCUGGGCGAGGCGUCGGGCUUCGUCAAGGACGGGGACAAGCUGUGCGUGGUGCUGGGCCCCUACGGCCCCGAGUGGCAGGAGAACCCCUACCCCUUCCAGUGCACCAUCGACGACCCCACCAAGCAGACCAAGUUCAAGGGCAUGAAGAGCUACAUCUCCUACAAACUGGUGCCCACGCACACGCAGGUUCCCGUGCACCGGCGCUACAAGCACUUCGACUGGCUGUACGCGCGCCUGGCCGAGAAGUUCCCGGUCAUCUCGGUGCCCCACCUGCCCGAGAAGCAGGCCACCGGCCGCUUCGAGGAAGACUUCAUCUCCAAGCGCAGGAAGGGCCUGAUCUGGUGGAUGAACCACAUGGCCAGCCACCCGGUGCUGGCGCAGUGUGACGUCUUCCAGCACUUCCUGACGUGCCCCAGCAGCACCGACGAGAAGGCGUGGAAGCAGGGCAAGAGGAAGGCGGAGAAGGACGAGAUGGUGGGCGCCAACUUCUUCCUGACGCUGAGCACGCCCCCCGCUGCCGCCCUCGACCUGCAGGAAGUGGAGAGCAAGAUCGACGGCUUCAAGUGCUUCACCAAGAAAAUGGACGACAGCGCGCUGCAGCUCAACCACACGGCCAACGAGUUCGCGCGCAAGCAGGUGACGGGCUUCAAGAAGGAGUACCAGAAGGUGGGCCAGUCCUUCCGCGGCCUCAGCCAGGCCUUUGAGCUGGACCAGCAGGCCUUUUCAGUGGGCCUCAACCAGGCCAUCGCCUUCACCGGAGAUGCCUACGAUGCCAUCGGCGAGCUCUUCGCCGAGCAGCCCAGGCAGGACCUGGACCCGGUCAUGGACCUGUUAGCGCUGUAUCAGGGGCACCUGGCCAACUUCCCGGACAUCAUCCACGUUCAGAAAGGAGCUCUUACCAAAGUGAAGGAGAGUAGACGACACGUGGAGGAAGGGAAGAUGGAAUUGCAGAAGGCUGAUGGUAUUCAGGAUCGCUGUAACACUAUUUCUUUUGCCACUUUGGCUGAAAUUCACCACUUCCAUCAAAUUCGAGUAAGAGACUUUAAAUCACAGAUGCAGCAUUUCUUACAACAACAAAUAAUAUUUUUCCAAAAAGUGACCCAGAAGUUGGAAGAAGCUCUUCACAAAUAUGAUAGUGUUUAAUGACUGGACAUUGGAUCAUGGACUUUUUCCAGUUUAAGGAUAAUUUCUACAGCAGAAUAAAAACUGCUAUCAAAGAGCUAUUGCCAACUAUCAGUGGUGGUACAAGGAUGGUUUUGUGUUCAACUGAAACCCAGCUGAAUAUAUAAUUAUGUAGGAAAUAAACAGUUAAUAUGGUUAUAUAAUAGAAACAGUACCACACAUUGUAACUAAAUUAUACUAUGUAUGCCUACACUACCAUUGUAACUUUUGGAAUAAUGAUUAUACUAUUUGCCUUAUUGCUUUUUGAAGUAUGGGUAUUUUAGUGUAUACUUUGUAGACCUCAAAACCCAUGAAGGGUCUCAAAGAAGCUGGCUGGUCAAAAGCCUGCCGUGGAUGCCUUUUUACUCUUAUAGAUUGGGAUUACCUAAAUUCAACCUAUUCUCUGUUUACAAAUUCCAACUAGAGCAGCUAUGCGACUUUGUGCCUUUAGACUCUUGGUUUUUCAUUUCUCCCCACCUCUCCCUUUUUAAGUAAGCCACAGUUUUUCUGAUUGAAAGAGUGAAAGGCCAGUGCAUAUAAUGACAAACUGAUGAUAACCUCAUAUUGGCAGUGGAAGGGGAGUGGAGGGGAAGUUCAGCUGUCAUCAAUUUGCACAGCAAGUAUUGUCUCCUGAUAAGAUGCUGGUGAAUACAGAGGAGUGAGACUCAAUGCUUAUUUUUAGGUAUGAAGUCUGUUGGGGAAGAAAUGGUGCCACUAUAUUCCCUUACAUGAGACAGUUAGCAUAGCCUCUUCACGCAGGGGUCCUGAAAACUUGGCGUGAAGAUUUCAGCAAACACGUCUUACAACAUGGAGAAGGAGGAGUCUAAUCAAUCAGGGGAUAAAAGUACAGAAUCAGUGACAACACACUCGGUUUUAGUUCUUAGGAGGGCUUUUUGUUUGUUUGUUUUUCGGGGUUUUUUUUGGCUUGAAGAUUUUCUUUUAAUAUUCAAUUAUUUUUAAUGGAUCUACACUGUUAACUGAUUGAGACUCCACUGUGAUUCACUCGUUUACUUAAAAACUUUUCAGGGAUGUCUGUAAAUUUCAGUGUUAUACGUGAUGAAAUGUGGUGUUGGUUGAUCAAAGGAGGGACCAGAAAUAAUUUCUACUAUUCCAAAUAAUGAAGGAAAAAAAAAUUGAUUUAUACUGUGUUUUUUUUUUUUUUUUUAAGAAAAAGUAUCGAUAAGCCCCGCCCCCGGACAUUUAACCUUAAAAAUUAUUUUAAAUAUCUUCUUUUAUUAUUAUAAGGGAAAUACAAAUGGCUGAUAAAUACCAAAAAGAUUCAAAAGCAGCUUAACUUAGAAAGCACAAAGAGAUUCUGGCUUGUAGUGCUAAAAUCUCAAUGUUUUUAUAGUUGCUGAUCUAAAUAAUGUGAUUAUUGAGUUUACAGAUGUAAAAACUGUCACUGAAAGGUUAAGGUAUCUACUGUUUUUAUGAAGUAAACUUAUGCUGCCUCAGAAAUCCCUGGGUACUGAAAUGGUAACACGGAAGAAAAGAGGUCAGUUUGAAAUAUUGGUGAGUCACAAGGAUUAAAGAAAAGGGUCAGUUUGCAGAGAAUCAUGAAAAGAAAAGGUUAUUGGAAUAAUUACUCAAUAGCACAUUUACUCUCUCAAAAGUAAUCUCAUAUGGUUUGAAUUUUUUAAGAUCAGAUGAUGAUAAUUUUGAUAUUUGGUCAAAAUUUUGUAACUUAGGUUACUUAGAGCCAGAUUUAACAUCAUGUGGCUUUGUCUUUACUACAGAUAUGUGGAACUGUAAACAACUAUAUUGUUUUCUAAAACUUUCUAUUGUUGAUUGCAAAAUACAGUUCUAUAUACAAAAUCCAUCUAGUAUAUAUAAAUGUUAAUUUUAUCACAGAAGUUUGGAAAUUAUAACUGUAGUAUUAAUUUGUUUGAAUCUUUAUCAGACAGAUGAGCACUAUGCUUUUCAAAUGAUUUGAAAGUCACUUUUAUUUGCCUCUUUAUUUUGAUGGUGGUUUGAUUUUUUUUUUUUUUAAGUAAAAUCACUAAACUUGUGCAAUGGUAGCAUGGAAAUUAUCUGAGGUGUCUUGUAUGAUUGUGCUUUAGCCAGGGUGGACGACGUAGCUUAAAUUAUGAAAACGAAAGAUGAAAGUACAAGGAAGCAUAAGUUCAUGCUGCCUACUUCAAAGAGAACUUCCAUUCUUCAUAACUACAUCAUGUUAUAAUGCCACUGAUUCAUAAGGGGUUUAAAUUAAGUCUAUGGGGGAAGACACCAGAAUUAUUAGUGUUCAUUUUCAUCUAAGAUCUUUAUUCUUUAACGUUCUUGGUCCUAUUGAAACAUUUCAGUAUAUAAAAAUACUGCAAUGUUAAUACCCAAGAGAAAAGCCAUUAUCAUGUAUAUACUGGUCAUCAUGAUCAGUGUGGUACAGUUUUUAAAAAUAAACUAUCAUGCCCUUCAUACCAUUAUUUGUCUUUAUUUCUGUAACUUGUAAUUCUGAUAUGUGUUCAUAACAUGAGGGUGUGCACUUGAGCCUGGUUUUACUAUUUUAAUUACAGACAGAGUUGUUGAUGUGCUGUUACUAUAAUGCAGUGGGACUGGUUCUACGCCCUGCAUUGUAACCCAUCACCCUUCCAGUUUGCAUCUGAAGCUACACGUGGCUCACACCCAGGGUGAGGCAACACAUUUGAAAAUGAUACAUGGAGCCAGUGCACGUUGGCUAGAAUAGUAUAGUAAUUGGGGUUUUCUUCGGCUUCACUGAUACAGUUGUUUUGUGUUUAUAACAAUACAGCAGAUUCUUAAAUGCUGAUUUUUAAUUGUCUUAAAUUUUGCUGCUGUUCUCUUAAUUAAGGACUUGAAAAAUGUUUUAGUCUGUCAAGUCAAGCAUGUAAAGCUUAUGUAUAAACCCUUAAGUGUUAUUCUUUACUACGUUUAUUGCUAUAGUCAUUUUCCCAUUUAUGUCUUCAUUUUCUCAGAAUCAGAUACCACGUCUGAUACCUUUAAAUCCGUAAGCAUUAUUCUGUUUUCUCAUUUCCAACUUUAUCUUUGGUUAACAGAAUAAGUAAAACAGGGUAUUAUUUAUUUAUAGACUAGACAUGUUGAAUAUUGUUUUAUUUCCUUCAAAAUGUUAUGAUUAGUGCAGAUCAGCCAUGUUUACCUUUUAAAAAAUAAACAAAGGUUGCUUUAUU